ACGGUGCGAGCUGGCUAAGACGAUAAUCGGCCCAGUCCGCAAGGGAGACGCAAGCGACGACUCCGCGGAUGCGCGGCCUUCGCGCAGGCUUUGCACUUGCUCUGACAGGUAGGUGAUCAUCAUGCUUUGGGUGGGGUUCAUUCUUUUGGGCUGGUCCGGGGUUAGGUAAGCUGUGAGAGCACGCCACGUCCACGCAGGGGGUCACUUCCCCGGCGCUGGCGCACACUCCGCAACUUGCGGACGCCUUGCCCCACGCUCAACAACUUCUUUAAGAACAGAACAAUACAUUCCUGCGCUUCUGUGAGCUUCGGAAAUGAUGUCAUGUUCUCGCAGCACUUUCGGCCACUACUAGCGCAACCUUACAACGGGCGGGCAGCCGGGCUAGGCUUGGGCGGCUGUUCGGCCCGUAGCUGUGAGGCCGUAGCUGCUGGGCUGCUUUCGCACUCCUUGUCCCAAGCCGCACGAAGAUGGGGCUGCUGGACGUCGCUAAAGCGCCCAUCCUAAACGAUGUUGCGACAGAUCUCAACGACCCACCUACCUACAUCGUGUCUGCGGCGCGUCAUGGCCCAAUUCCUGAAUCGUGGAAGCCACGCAUCCGCAACGCCUACCCCUACCUGCAACCGCUGCUGGUGGCUGCAGGGCAGGGCGGCGAUCAGCAGCAGAAAGAGGUGGUGGCAAUUGUGAUGGACGCAGCGACCUCGCUAGCCCGCAGCACGCCGCGUUGGGAGGUGGUGCAUGUGCAGACGCAUGAGGACGCGGCAGCCGGCAGCCCGGCUGGAGGUGUUAGUGGUGACACGGCGGUGGGCCUGCUGGAGGCUGUGUCCACCACCAAAAUGAUGCGCUUUAAGGACGACAUAAUGGUGCGCCUCAGGCUGCAGCAGCAGCAGCAGCAGCAGGACAAGGAGGCGGCCCCCGGAUCAGAUAGUGGCGUGGUACUCCGGGUGGACGUGCGCAGCGCCAGCCGUGUGGGCAAGGGCGACUUGGGCACCAACGCCGCACGCAUCAAGGGGUUCCUGGGCCAGCUGAAAGAGGAGCUGCAGAAGCACGGCAUCCAGAUCCUGUCUUCGUGAUGCUGCAAUAGGAUACCUGCAAGGCAUGUGCAGAUGGCAUGGCCACAGCCCACAGGGUUUUGCUACGUGUAGCAGGUGCAGGUGCAGGUUUGGGCAGGGCAGGGGCAGGUUUGGGCGGGCAGGGUUUGAGGAUGACAUGGCCAUCCGCCUCAUCACCGCGUGCGUGGAGGACGGCACGUCAUGGCCAGCUGCUUUGAGCAGGCCGCCCAAGCGGGGCGGCAGGAUUGAUGGCAGUGGCUGAAUUAGCGAUGGCGGGUGAUGGUGUGUGUGUGUGGGCCGUACCGUAUGUAGGUGGUGGAGUCUGGAGGACAGGUUGAGCCUGUCCUCCCCAGCCGUCCGGCCUAGGUCCGUUGACGUAGGGAGCUAGAUGGGUUGAUCCUGUCUCAGCGCGAGCCCCAAUACGGUACACCGUCCUGAGUGGUCGUCUGUCCUGGGCGCAACCUCAACACAUUGCUUUGGCGUGUGGGGACGCGGCGUUGGCGAGAGCCACGAAUGGCCCUAAUACCGUGGGGGCAUGUUGCACCCGUAAAGGGCACUGUAGCGUGGCGUUAGGGAUAUUGGGGCAAAGUGUGCACCACCGCCUGCUUUGUCAAGUACGGCUUGAUCAAGACCAGACACAGAGCAAACAAGGAGGUGGCUGCCUUAUGGCAGGAAAAGGGCGGCACAGAGCAAAAAAUGACUAGGCGAGUACCGGUAUGUUGAGGUUGUUUUGGUUGAGAAGCAGGGAAAGCAACAAUGUUUGAGCAGUAGACAUUGCUGAGUGCGUGGCGUAAACUGCGCGGCGGUAUAUUUAGGACCACAACACCACAGCUUUGGCGCGGCGUCGUGAACAUGGGCGUGACGCACAGCCAGGUAGCUGGAGGUGGGUUGAGCUUGCCUGAAACAAUAAGAGCAACAGCGUGAGCGCAGCUAUGUCAUCGGUGGCGCCUUCCACGUUGCCGGGCUCCCUUGUGUCAGGAAGGCUGCAUACCGUGAUACACUGCAAUGCUGUGCAAUGUGACAGGACACGGA